AGUUUAUGUUUAUUGUUUUUUUCGAAAUGUAAUACAUGUUGUACACGCAAAUAAAUAUUGUAGGUAAUAUUUUACCAAGUGUCCAAUAAAUUUUUAUCUCAUCAAUAUAGUGUAUGAUGGAUUUAAUAUGAUCACAAAGUUGGAAGUGGUUUGAGCUGGGUGUUAUAGACAGAUCUGGAGAGAAAACUUCCAAGAUGGAAUUAAACGCACUGCCUUACGAUGUCGAAGUUAAAAAGGAAAUUGGUGAAACAAAUAGGGAUUCAAUUGACACACAGAAUGCUGAUUUUGUUGAACCAAGUUCCAAAGAAUCACAGGCUCUAAUGCAAUGUGUAUGGUGCCUUUUAAACUUAAGGUCAAAUGACAAUCCUAAAUUAUUGGAAUGUUUACACGCUGCUUGUGAUCAAUGUUUGACACAGAAGUUGGCAGAGAGCGUAUUGCCAAACGCAAAUGUGCAACCUCAUACAGUGUCAUGUGCUUUGUGCAAUAUGCCUAGCAUGUUGGGACAGAUUAUAGAUAAUCGUUUCAUCACGGAAUUAACUGAUGAACCACCCAUUCCUACUGAAGAAAGUGAUAUUAAAUGCAGCAGUUGCACAGAGGAUGCUCUGGCAUCAAAUUGGUGUGAAGAAUGUGCAGAAUAUAUUUGUGUUAAUUGCGUGCUGGCACAUCAAAGAUUGAAAAUAACAAAGGAACAUACUAUAAAACCUAAAGAUAGUGUGAAUUCAUCUAACCACAAAUCUGGGGCCAAUCAAAAUUCACCAAAGCUUUAUUGCACCAUGCAUCCUCAGGAGAUUCUGUCCCUAUUUUGUGAAACCUGUGAUAAGUUAACUUGCCGUGAUUGCCAACUAACAGGCCACAGGGAUCAUAAAUAUAAAUUUAGCCAUGAAAUUGCGGAUGAAGCUCGUAAUUUUAUUCAUAGCUUAUUAGAAGAAGUCAGCUAUAAAAGGGUUUUGCUAGCAAGUGCUAUGAAAGUAAUAGAUGAACGACAGUCACUGAUAACAGAUAAGAGGAAAUGUAUUGUGCAAGAAAUUGCUCAAAUGGUUAUCAGGUUGACAAAUGCUAUAAAUACAAGAGGAAAACAAUUAGUAAUGAAGCUAAAUGAGGUAUGCGAGUUAAAACAAAAAACUUUGAGUGAAAAAAAAUUAGCAUUAGAACAAUUAUCACAACAGACAGAUCAUUGUAUAGAUUUUGUCAAUGGGGCAUUGGAUAAGUGUAGUGAUAGUGCAGUUCUGUUCAGUAAACGCAUUGUGACUAAUCAUUUACAACGCAUUAAGUGCAGAAGAGCCGAUAUUCCAAAUCCUGAAAUUCCUGUAAGGAUACAUCUUGCUUUAGAAAAAGUUCCAGAUUUAAUAAAAGUUAUUUCAUCUAUUGCAACAAUCGUAGUUGAUGGAAAAACAUAUUGUUCAUCCGCCCCAUCACAGCAACAAGUUCUACCUCAGCAAAAUUUGAAUUCAAUGCAAUCACAAACAAAUUGUAAUCAAAAUCAAUCUCAACAAAGCGGACUUUUGAGACCAAUGGGCACACCAUCACCCUCAUCUCAACAACAAUACCGGGUUGGAAUGCAUAACAUGCCUCCUCAACAACAGCAGUAUAUGCCACCAGCAUAUUCAUCCAUUCCAAAUUUGAAUCAACAAUCACAUCAUCAGAUGAAUUCAUCAGUGAUAGCACCACAACAUAGACAAAUACUUCCGAUGGGAAUGAUCCGAAGACAAUCUCCAAGCUUACUUCGACAUCCAACUAAUAUUGUACGCAAUCAGCAAGUCAGCUCCUCCACGCAUCCUCAAAAUAUAGAUGUAAGCCUUAGAGGUUUAUUAAAUACUCCAGUGCAACAAAUGCAAGUGCAAAAUCCAGCUGCUCUUCACUGUCCAGAUUACAAUGCCAUAAGAACUCCAUCCAACUCUGUUUCGAUGUAUGCAUCAAGACCUACAUCAUUUUCAGGUAAAACUUACUAA